AUGUUUAUUUGUGUCUUAAAAGCCAAGAUUUUCUCCACCAUCGAAGGAUUCCAAAUGUUCUCAGGACAACAUGGUAACCUUCACCUCAUUCGAGAUGGCUACAUGUACUCAAGACAUAUGAACUAUAAAGACAAGGUGUAUUGGCGAUGCAGACAAUAUGUAAAUGGAUGCAAAGUUCGUCUUACGACUUGUGGAAAUAAAUUGCAAAGUGUCAGUGCAUCUCACCAGCAUCCACCUGAAGGUUCCUUUUCCAAAGAUGACUUGAAUUUGACCAGAUCCGCUGAUAAUAAUAGUCAAGAUGCUGCUAGAAAUGUUAACUACAUGUAUUCUCGUCCAGAGAUCAAGCCAAGUCCAAUUCAGUAUGCUAGAAGUCCUAGAGGAAGACAACUGGUUUUAUACAAUGAAUACACUUUCCAUAAACGACAAACACAUAAGUCCAAUACUUAUUGGAUUUGCAGCAAAUAUAAUACUUUAAAAUGUUUGGUUCAUGUUAAAACUUGCGGUGAAUUUGUUAUGAAUAUCACUGGAAGUCAUAACCAUCCUCCGCCGAAAUGUUCCUACAUGGCAUACUCGAAUUACCAAAGACAUCGUGAGAAUGAACAAAGUCCAAUAAAAUAUGUUUCGAGUUGGCGAGGUGGAAAACUGAUUCUCUACAAAAAUUAUACGUUCCACAAAAAGCAAACCCAUGGAUAUAACACUUAUUGGAAUUGCAGUAAAUAUACGAAUCUCAAAUGUUUGGUCAAUCUGAAAACACGUGGUGAUAUGGUAGUAAAUGUUGCUGGAACUCAUAUUCAUCCUCCACCAGUAUUAAAUGAGGAUUAUAGGGUUUAUGACUCUAAUAUGACCAGGAUUCAGCAAUAUUACGGCCAAGGAAUCUCGAAGAAAGCAAUUUAUGUGAAGAGUUGCAGAGGAUCACAAUUGGCUCUUUAUGAAAGUUAUACUUUCCAUAGACAUAAAGUUUGUAAAGAUAUGAUUUAUUGGAGAUGCAGCAAACAACUUGCCAAAUGUUCUGCAAUGAUAAGAACAAAUGGGUUCGAUGUCCUAAGAUUUACAGGAGUCCACGAACACCCGCCUCCUGAGAAAAAAUAG